AACUUUUACAGAAUUUUUGCCAAAAAUUGAUCACAGCAUCCAUGAAAUUAUUUAUAUUGAUAAAUCGUAAAAAUGAGGCGUAUGGAGAUGCUUCACAAAGCUAUUCGGAAUUAACUUGUGUGCAAGAACGAAGCAUUUGGAUAUCAUUUACUAAAUUUUCAAAGAUUCCUUCCAACAUAAGUGAUGGAAGUUUUUUUCGUAGUGAUUUAGAAGAGUUAGGCAUUUGUUGA